GCGAGCAGAGCAGCAGUGACAGCUUGACCGGAGACAGGCGUUGGACAUACGCAGAGACGCGAGCGCAACUAGGAUACUCUGAAGAGCUAUAACCGAACUUGACGCUUGUUUUAUUUAAAGUUAGACUACAAGACAAGAGACAAAAAAAAGUCCAAAAAAUGCAGUCGUUCUACCAGCUGACCAGCGUGCUGCUUGUCUUCGGCAGCCUCCUGAUAAACCAACUGACAGAAGGCUGCUCGUGCGCUCUUUCGCACCCGCAAGAUGCCUACUGCAACUCUGACAUAGUGAUCCGUGCCAAAGUGGUUGGCAAGAAGCUUCUGAAGGAUGGGCCUUUUGGAACGAUACGCUACACAGUGAAGCAGAUGAAGAUGUACAAAGGAUUCACCAAAAUGCAGCACGUUCAGCACAUCUAUACUGACGCCUCCGAGAGCUUGUGUGGAGUGAAGUUCGACAUCAAUAAAUACCAGUACCUGAUUACAGGGCGCGUGUUCGAUGGGAAGGUCUACACCGGGCUGUGCAACUUCAACGAGCGGUGGGAGCGCCUCUCUCUGUCCCAGAAGAAAGGCAUCAACCACCGCUACCAGCUAGGCUGCAACUGCAGGAUAAAGCCCUGCCACUACCUGCCCUGUUUUGUGACCUCAAAGAACGAGUGCCUGUGGACGGAUAUGUUGUCCCAUUUCGGUUACCCCGGCUACCAGUCCCGGCACUACGCGUGCGUCCAACAGAAGGAAGGCUACUGCAGCUGGUACCGGGGGAUGACCUCACGUGACAAAACAACUAUCAACGCCACCGACCCCUGAGCAAGCGUACACCUUUUCCCAAAACUAUUAUCCACUGCCAUCUUCUCUCCUUGCUUUCUGUCAUUUCUUCCUUUCUGACCUUCCCCACACAGACCCCCUCCCUCUCUCCCCCACCCCGUCCUCAUCCGUCGUGAACCAUUACAGGACCUGAGAAACCACUCCCUGACUAAACAACAACGAAAACUAAAAAACUAAACAAGAGAAAAAACAAUCAGUGCCUGUGUCUAAGCACUUCUAUAUAAACAAUACCUUUUUGUUUUAUGCUGUACAUUUCAGUUCUACCAAACGUCCUUCUUGUUUUUGUUAUGCUACUAAAUUAUACCUAAUAAUGUCAGCCAGAUGUCCUUUAGAUUCUAUUUUUGGUUGGGAAAGCAAUAAACACAGCCCUUUAAAUGCAGAUCUUAAAUAUAAAAAAAUAAACACAGUGUACAUUAGAAAAACAUUGCUUAAAUAUAUAGCUAAAUAUCAAUACAUGAAUGUAAAAAAACAACUUUCAUUUAGUGUGAGAUGCAGGGUGACAGAGCUGAAGCAAUACAGUUUAUACAUUAUUUAAAUAAACAAUAUUUAAACUCUAAAAGUGCAAGGUCAGUGCCAACAUAGGUGACCUUGGAAUGCGACCUUGGAAUGCGAUGCCUCAAGCUUCAGUCACACAAAGUUAUUCUAUUGGUAUUUAAUAAUAGUCUUGAUUCACAUCAAUGUGUAUGUAUGUUCACAGUUUUGAACUGUGACAUGUCUAUUUAUGGAUGAUGCAUGAAUCUCUGCUUCCCUGAUUGUUUUUACCGCAAAGUUUAUUUUUGUCGCUCUUGAUACCAAGCAGAUUGAAUAAUGAAUUGAACAGAUGAAUAAAUUGUAAAUCUAUGAUAUAUUUUCCCUCGAAGCACAAAAAAUGGAUAUUACAGCACAAGCACAGGGAAUACUUAAUUGUUUGUGGAGAUUUGGAUAAAGGUUUUAUUUUAUAUUUGCUGUAUAUGAUAUAAGAUACAAAACAAUGAACUAUAUUCACUGAAACCUCUGUAGAACAAGUAUGUCUGUUCAUCAAAACAGACAACAAGCCUUUCUAUUUGCCAAAAAUCUCACGAGAGUUUUUGGCCCAAACUGUCUCAUCAUAAAUCCCUGUUUGGCCAUUAUGAACGACCAUAAUCCCAAAUUGUGUUUAUAAAUUGUUGAUGAAAUGUUAGUUAUGUGUUUUGAACUCCCUUAGAUGAUUAUAACGAUGGUACUUUUCUCACUCCUCGUCCGGUACCCACCAUGUCUGUUAUUUCCCCCCCACAAUCACACUUUAAGCAGAGGUUUCAGACACACAAACACACACACACACACACACACACACACACACACACACAAAGCUAUGUUUUCUAACUGUAUAUUCAAUUUUUUGUUUUGUAUUUAACUGUUUCAGAUGAACAAAUCAAAGUAACAUUAUUGUCACUAAAUUCUUCUGCUUUUGUUCCAAUACGGGGUAGAGUCUUCAGUCCAUUCCAUUCUCACACAAGCAGACAACCCAGAGGGAGUGAUACUGUAGUUCCUUGGACAGACAUUAAACCAUGAUCUUGACAAAAAAAGCCAUGUACUGUACGUUAUGUGUACUAUGGUCAGAGCAUGCCAAGCCAAGUAUACAAGUCUACUGUACUCAAUGCUCAUCACACACUUAUACUACAAUAGCGCAUUAUGUUUAUAAAGAGUUGCUUACAUGACGUGCAAAACAAAACAGGCGUACCUACGUACCUGCUCACACCACAGACGUGCUCACACCACACACACACACGUACCCAAAUGGACCUGGUCCAUGACUUUCCAAAGUUGCAAGCAGUUUCCCCUCAUCCUCUCCUCCUCUGGUGGUUCUGCAUGGAUCUAAUCCCUCUGUGGUAUCUGUCUCAGUAUUUUCGUGGUUCAUUUUUUGUGUAAAUAUACUUUCUGCUUAACACAGAAACACUUGGUCAAGUUGAUGCAGAGUGCAUUAAAAAAGGAAGCUGGUCUAAGUCUGAAAACACCUCUGUGUGUAUACACUGAUCCAUAAAGGGGGAGGGGGCAAAUGUUUUCUUGUUAGGGUUACAGAAAUGUUUGACUUAAUUUCUGUGUUUUAUAUUUUUAUAAUAAAGAUUUAAUGAAAAACUGGC